GGCUGCACGGCGGGAGAAGCUUGUGCGGAAGCGAGUGAGCGAGCAUGUUGGGCUUGGAACUCCGCAUGUCAGUCACUCGGCCAAAGACGAAAAUGAUGGACCUGUUGGAAGUGUUGAUGGUCAUGGUGGCGGUCAUCAUCAUCGUGGGAGUCCGGCAGAGGUUGCUGAGAGGCAGAUGCAGUGGCUCAAGGAGAAGGAGGCAAGGAGAGAGGCAAGGCGAUGCCAACUGGAGCGCGAGGAGAGGUCAUCGGCAAGGUUUUCCAAGCCGCUGGAUCACUCAAAAGCAGGAAAACAACAUGGUGAUGAGCUGGUCAGCAGCUCGUUCUGGGACAGGACAAAUGCGUCGAUCGAGACGUGGAAGGCCACACGCGCAGGUGUGGGCGAAGGAGAUGCUGUAGAGGCGGACAAGCUCGCCCAGCUUCCGGCCAUCAAUGCCCGGUCGCGAGAGUUGGCGGCCAAGGCGGACAAGCGGCCGUUUCUGGAGCGGGUCAAGGCUGAUCUGGAAACACGCAAGGAGCACCGCCGCAAGGCACGGGCGGCCGCCGCCGAGCGCGAGGCUGCCGCAACGCACUCGGCCAUCCUCGAUGCCCGAGCCGGGCCCAAGCGCAAGCCAUCAUCUCGGCUUCCGCCGCCGCCGCCGCGACAGGAGCUCCCGCCGCUGAGCGCCAAGCAAGAGGCAGCGGUCUCAAGGCUGACCCAGUGGGAGAACCGCCGCCGGCAGCGCCUGGCUGAGGCCCGGGCGGCCGCUGCUGCCGACCUGCCGUCGUUUGCACCGCAAAUCUCGCAACGGACGAAGCGGCUGGUUGGCCAGUGGAACGAUGGUGGCGAGCCUGUCCAUGAGCGGCUGCACCGCGAAGCCACGGUUGCGAGCACCCACACGCAGGCUGUCCGCGUUGCGCUCGUACUUGAGACCAUUUUUGACGCCUGCGCCCACGGCGUGGUGGCCAACGCCAUUCUCCAGUCGUCGCAAGCAUCUGCUCCGUCGCCACAGGCCACAGCCGCACCCAGCGAGGAUGCGCCCUCGCCUGCCAAGCCGACGGCGGAGGCGACCGCAGUCUCGUCGCCGCGGCGGUCGCGCGAUGCGAGCGACGGCGCAGAGGCCAAGGCCGAGGCUGAGGCCAGCGUCGAGACCGAGAUCGGAGGCAGGACCGCAAGCGAGGCCGAGACAACCAUCCACGAUGAGAGUAAGGAGAAGUCGCUGUCACCGGCCGAGCGGCAAGCACUACGCAACGCCGAGAUCCAGGCCGCACGCCAGCGAAGGACGGAGCGCAAGUUGCAGCUGCAGGCGCACAUGCAAGAGCUGCAAGAGAAGAAAAAGGCCGAGGCCGCGGCCGCCGAGCGUGCUAAGCGGAUGGAGCAAGCGCGCCGCAAGCGGCUGGCGCAGUCGUCAGGGAACACCCCAGCCAUCUCGAUCGUGCCAUCCAGCCUCGAUCGCGACGACGCCGUUCUCGCCUUUGAGUCUUACAGCGAGUCUUCAGACGAUGGCGACCGGCUUGUCCACGGCAGUGAUCAGGCACGGCAGCAGCCGUAA